GGAGGGGGGGAAGCCCCUUUCCAUUCGACUGAUCCUUUGUGGCCACGUCGAUGGCGUCUGUAACAGGGUGAGACCCCCGGGCUGUUCUGAAGGAAUGUGUUCAUCUUCUGCUGUGCCUCUUGUGCAGGUAACUGGGGGGUUAAAAGGUUUGAACGGCAGCUGAGUAAAGACUGGGGCUGGAAGCUGAAGGAUGGCAGCGAACCCUUCCGGACAAGGUUUCCAGAAUAAAAACAGAGUUGCAAUCCUGGCAGAACUAGACAAGGAGAAGAGAAAGUUACUUAUGCAAAACCAGUCUUCCACAAAUCAUCCUGGAGCCAGCAUUGCCCUGGCAAGAUCUCCCCUGAACAAGGAUUUCCGUGACCACGCUGAGCAGCAGCACAUCGCGGCUCAGCAGAAGGCUGCGCUGCAGCAUGCACACGCACAUUCCUCCGGAUACUUCAUAACCCAAGACUCUGCAUUCGGAAAUCUCAUCCUUCCCGUCUUACCUCGGCUGGAGGCAGAGUGAGGAAUGUUGUUUCUCCAAACUGCAGGCUCUGAUUUUUGUCCACAGCAGGAACUUUCUGACCUUCUCAUUUCUGUACGUACCUUAAAACCUGCUUUUCUCUGGAUUGUUGUGGUUGCCUCUCAGAAGCGUGAGCUCUGGCGAUGACAAAGCAAUGAUGCUGUGGAGCAGCAGUUUUUAUUCCAUGUUUCUGCUCCUCUGUCAGGUCGCAGGUAGAGGUCAGACUUCCCUGGUUUGUGCAGUGCACUGUGCUUGCUCUUCCCCUGUUCUGUGCUGCCUUUAAAUAAAGGUCCACACCAGAGUCACCAGGA